AUGGCGUCCGUCCCGAACAUCAACCAAGCCGCCUCCCAUCCCCCGCCCAGGGACCAAGACCACCAGCAACAGCUCAAGAAGAAGUGGAAAGGGACGUGGCUAAGAGGUCUUUCGGUUCGCAUCCGCACACGCAAGGACGCCCUGCUGGCAGCAGCAGCAGCAGUGCCAGCAGCCGGGGGAGCAGGAGGAGGAGGACAAGACUUGGCUGCAGGCAGCGUUGAGAGGGGCACCCAGACCACGACUGCAACAACGACGACGACGGCGGCGGCGGCGGCGGUGGCUAGACGGCGUAGUCGCCCACUCCGGCAGCACUCGGAAACGCGUGCGCAGUCAGGUGAGCCGGAAACUCUUCUCGCAGGACAAUCCGGCCCCUCGACGGCGGCCAUGUCCGCUGCCACCUCGGCCUCACAUUCGCCGGCGACAUCAACAACGACGGCCCAGACCACAACCGUUCCCUCGUCGUCUUCGUCAUCGUCGUCAUCGACCUCUCUCAGUGUCGGCGUCGGCGCCUCCAUUGGCAGCUUUCCAUCAACGUCGUCCGCGCCGUGUCCCACCUGCGGCCAGCGCCGCCACAUCGACCUCCACCGGCCGCCAACACCGGUGAAGCCCGAGGAUCGCUUCCAGUUCCGGUCCGGCGUCCCGUACGGACCUUGGACUAUCACCCACCCUCCACCCGUCCCCUUGGACUUGUCACAGACUGUUACUUCCUCAGAAGCGCCCACGGCCCCGAUCGAUAGCACCGCCAGCAGCAACAAUAGCAGCAGCAGCGAUAAUAACGGCAGCGGCGUCGGAAACAUCUCCGGGGCCCCCCUCACCUCAUUCCACCCCUUCUCCCGCCUGCCGCCGGAGCUCCGGUCCAAGAUCCUCCGCUUCUACCUGGAGCGGCCUCGCAUCGUCGAGAUACGAUGCAUGAACGACCUGAAGAAGAUCCAUUUCGCGCCCAACGCGCUGGGCAACCUCGCGUCCAACAUCGCGUGGAGCGCCGACAACACGCUGCCGGCCCUCAUGUGGGUGAACCGCGAAUGCCGGGCCGAGACGCGCGCUUUCUACCGCGUGCAGCUGCCGAUGCACCCGACCAACAAGAUCGCCUGGCCGGUGCUCAUCAACCCGUCCUUCGAUACCGUCAUCUUCACCUUCCCCUGGAGCAGCGAGAUCCCGCUCGACAUCUUUCUGAGCGACUGCCUCGCCUUCGACCCGCUGGGCGUCGGCAUCCGCCACUUCGGAACCCGCGACCGCGGCGGGCCCGAGACCUGGGACCUGACCCCUGUGCCGGGCUGCGCCCCUCUGUCCAAGAGCCUGGCGAACCUCGAGUCCUACACUGAGGCGAUCCAGCUGGUGGACGACCGCGCGGCAGCCCGCUUCCCCGUGUGGAUGAUCCACGAGGGCUACUUGACGAGCGGCAUCCCGGCCAAGAACGCCUUCUACCAGGACGUGCCCCGUCUCCUGCUCAGCAACGACUACGAGCCGCCCGACGCGACGAACCAACGCGCGGCCCUCGAGGCCCUGCGCGCCCAGCUCGCCGAGUACUUGCCCCGCGACGUGGCGCAGAAGCUCGUCAUGCAGCGCAUGUUCUACCGCAAGUACUUCCGGCACCUGCGGAUGAAGUGCACCAAGACGGACCUCGCGGGGCUGGGCAUGGUGAGGCAGAUCCCCGGCGGCGAGACGGAGGAGUUCUUCCUGAGCAACGGAAGGGAGGUCGUCGGGCCGCGGAAGAAGAGGCGGUGCGUGCUGGACGUGAGGCCCAGUAGCAGCUGGCAUCUGUGGGAUGAUGACUGA